AUGAGUGCCCUGAGCUUGAUAUUAAGAGUACCGGCUCAAGAAUCAUUACGCGUCUCUUACAUCUUUGUGCAUGACCAGGAUGACACUGCCCAAGGUGCACAGGGGAACAAUUCGCGAAGGCCAAACCUUUCUUUGCAAAUACCAACCAGGACCUUGGAUAACCAUAUACCUAGUUCAACGAGGAUUAAUAUAUCCGCCAGCCCCAGUUCGACAAGAGCUGGACUGCCGCCAAGGCCUAACUCAGCUAGACCAAAAUCAUCUAUCAAGCAGCAGAGUUUCAGGUUAAGGAAUUCAACACAUGAAGGUGACCGGACAAUCCUUCUACUUCCUGGGACGGCGUCGGAAGGGUCGCAAGAUAAUCCAACUCAACCAGGAUCUUUCUCUUUUAGAAAGGUCAUUAACUCAUUAUCGGCAAAACGUACCUAUUCUUUGCCAGUCACACCUGUUGGAACCUCUGAUAAAGCUUCUUCUCCGGGAAUUCAGAUAGUCGACCACCCAACUACAUCCAAACAAGAAGUUCAAGCACAAAUUAGGCGAUCACUUUCAGUACCAGGAAAUCGCAAAAACAGGAGUUUGAGGAGAGCAGAUUCAUUGGGUGUCAUCCGUGUGAUUUCAGCAACUCCGCGACCUGUUCCAGCUGAUACAGUUGCACCGACUGAUGUCAUUGAAGAAACAGUUGACGGUCCUGAAGAUGGAGGUGAAGAUAUUCCUGAAGAAGAGGCAGUCUGCAGAAUUUGUUUUGUUGAACUCAACGAAGGCGGAGAAACACUUAAAAUGGAGUGCAGCUGCAAAGGAGAGCUUGCCCUCGCGCACCAAGAUUGUGCUGUCAAAUGGUUUAGCAUCAAGGGUAACAAGAUAUGCGAUGUCUGCAGACAAGAAGUUAAGAAUCUGCCGGUGACUCUGUUGAGAAUUCCGACUCAAACCGUUACCAGGCGACUAGCAAAUGGUGCUCAACAAAGAGCUGCUCAACAGUACAGAUUUUGGCAGGACAUUCCAAUUUUAGUGAUGGUUAGCAUGCUUGCUUACUUCUGUUUCUUGGAACAACUUCUGGUCACUGAUUUGCAGUCACAUGCACUGGCAAUUUCAUUGCCUUUCUCGUGUGUGUUGGGCCUCCUUUCUUCCAUGAUAGCAUCUACUAUGGUGACCAAGAGCUACCUAUGGGCCUAUGCAUCCUUCCAGUUUGCUAUCGUGAUCCUGUUUGCUCAUAUCUUUUACAACGUGCUAAGAGUGAAUGCAGUCCUUGCGGUCCUACUGUCAUCAUUCACCGGGUUCGGGAUCGCUAUCAGUACAAACUCACUGCUAGUAGAGUGCAUGAGGUGGAGAUCCAGGAGGAGGAGCCAACGGUUAGCCCAGGCGCACCCUCAGCCUGCGAACGAAGGUCAGCAUCCAGGAUCCGGGAGUAACGCCAUGAGCGAGAACAGCGGUGAUAGGCAGCAACAAGGGCAGCCUCCACAAUCCGGCGUUCACAUCGUCUGA